AUGCUGAUAUAUGAUGGGAAGGCUCGAUACUAUGAGUAUUGCGGCAGCUACUAUGGUGCACCAUUUUUUUCCAACACUUGCAACCUCAUCACUUCCAUGUUCGUCUCUGCCACCGUAGGUGUUGUUGUCUCUGCCUCAAUUGAUUUUCUUGCCGCGAUUGAUAUUAUGACAACCCUGAGAAUUAUUGUUAAGCCCGAGCAAAUUGAGCACUAG